AGGAAGGAAGUAAACCCAUACCUUUUUUACCCUUAUAAAAUCCCUUCUCGUUGACACAACAAACCCUCCAUUUCGCGUUGUUGCAAAGCAUCCUUCAUCUCUCUCUUUCUCCCUCUGCGCUUUCUGGUUCUCCAACUUUUCAUCUCCAAAGGGGGAUCCACAGGUUGAAGGAGAAAUGGGGCUAACGUUUACGAAGCUUUUCAGUAGGCUAUUUGCGAAGAAGGAAAUGCGAAUUCUGAUGGUUGGUCUUGAUGCUGCUGGUAAGACCACUAUCCUCUACAAGCUCAAGCUUGGAGAGAUCGUUACCACAAUUCCUACCAUUGGGUUCAAUGUUGAGACUGUGGAAUACAAGAACAUCAGCUUCACCGUUUGGGAUGUUGGUGGCCAGGACAAGAUUCGUCCCUUGUGGAGGCACUACUUCCAGAACACUCAGGGUCUUAUUUUUGUCGUGGAUAGCAAUGACAGGGACAGAGUUGUUGAGGCCAGAGAUGAGUUACAUAGGAUGUUGAAUGAGGAUGAACUGAGAGAUGCAGUGUUGCUUGUGUUUGCCAACAAACAAGAUCUUCCUAACGCAAUGAAUGCUGCUGAGAUUACCGACAAGUUGGGUCUCCACUCUCUCAGACAGCGCCACUGGUACAUCCAGAGCACCUGUGCUACCUCUGGGGAGGGCCUUUAUGAAGGUUUGGACUGGCUUUCCAACAACAUAGCCAAUAAGGCUUAAUGCUUUUUGGAGUCUUGCGGAUGAGUAAUUCUGGAUGCAGGGGUGAAAAUUAUCUAGCUUUUAUUUCUUGGUCCUCUUCCGAAACUACUUGAAUUUGUGUUGAUGUAUCGUGGUUUAGGACAUCUCGGUGGCUAAAUUUGUAGUAUGAAAUUGUUUCUUGGGAUGUGUAAUACUCUAGAGCUUUCUAUUGGUUUGGAUACCAUGUUCAUAACUGUAAUGGAGACACUAAUUCAACGGGCCAUCGGGUUCUGAUUUAUAGUUCUAUUUUGAUCAUAUGUAUUUCAUAUGAUGAAAUAUCGAAUGGGGAUUUUGUUUAUUGUUUGUAAGAUACACACAAAGGAAAAACUAUGUUGGCUUCAUACUUUCAAAGACGCGCAUGCAUGUGUAUUCAACUCCCUGUUGCGUAGGUAUAAUGUUUGACUCGUCGAUAGCAUGGGGAAUGGGCUUAGUUAGAGCUGCUUAUAUUGGAAGGAUAUCUCUGAAUCUGUAUGCUAGAACUUUUAGUUUUGGUUUUCACAGUCGUUAGUAAUGAUUAACGUUAUGGCAGUGGCCAGAGGGUGGACGUGCGAAACAUUUUAUUCUUCUGUUGAACAGGUUAAAAAUUCAGUCUAAUUUUCAGAUUCAAUCUUGUUGCAAGUAUUUUGUAACAAAAUCUCCACAACGGGGUUUUAGUAACUCCCUGAACUUUCUCCAGUCUAUCAGAUAUGCUUGGGCUGAGGGACUUGAUCUACGAGUUUCCUCCUUCAAAUUAUAUUCGGAUCUUUCUGUGUAUUCUGCUUGGUUAGACCAGUGUCUCAAUGCUGUGGGAAGAUUUAUAAUUCGAGUCCCCAAAUUGGUAGAAAAUUGGGGUUUGUAUAUGGCGAACCACCUAAUAUUUUGCGUUGGUUCAUUCAAUUGUUUUCAUCUUUAAAAAAUGAACGGUUUAGAUGAUCUUUCCAUUCGUCACCUUCAAUUCUUCCUUUGCCAUUGUCGUCCUUGCCUCCCUCUGCAGCCCACACCACUAGAGAGCAUAAACUGUUAAGAUAGAAAUAGAAUUAGUUUUAAAUUAGUCUUUGUUUGUUAGUUAGUAUUGAUUUAAAUAAUUUCUAUUUUUUAGGAUUUAGAUAGAUGUUUCUUAAUUUAUUUCACAUCAUGUUUGUAGAACGUGAAUUAAAGUUUUCCUUUUU